CAACGUCAUAUAGGCAACUGUCACCCGUACCAUACUACAGCGCAAAUAGUAUAUUAUAGACAGAUGUGGUUUUACAAAUAGAAGUCUUUCGAACUUGCUUCCACUUGCUUCGACCGAUUGUAUACAAAUUAAAGUAUAGAAGCCUCAACACUUAUAAAUACUAUUCGGUUAUCUUAAAGAUGGCUCUCUUACUCGCAAAUAUAUGGAGAUGUCUAUGCACAAGAAAUCGCACCGGUCUCAACGUUAUUCAAACUGCGUCAUAUCAUGCAAAUGUAAUCGAACAUUACGAAAACCCCCGAAACGUUGGUUCACUGGACAAAAAAGAUAAAAAUGUAGGAACAGGUCUAGUGGGUGCUCCAGCUUGUGGAGAUGUAAUGAAGUUGCAGAUUAAAGUUGAUGACGACGGAAAAAUUAUUGAUGCUAAAUUUAAAACAUUUGGUUGUGGUUCCGCAAUCGCUUCGAGUUCCCUUGCUACCGAGUGGGUUAAAGGGAAAACAGUAGAUGAAGCUUUGAAACUAAAGAAUACUGACAUCGCUAAGGAACUUUCUUUGCCUCCUGUCAAGCUACACUGUUCUAUGCUUGCAGAAGAUGCAAUUAAGGCUGCACUCUCAGACUACAGAAUUAAGCAACAAGAGGCUAAUAAAAAGUAAACUCAUCAACUAUUUUAGACUUUUAGAAAGUAUUUGGAACAGAUCUGUGAUUGUACGGGAAGUAUAAAAUUAUGAGAAGUUGGAAAAAGUCUAAACAUAUUCCUAACUUGGAAUUAUUAAUCAAUUGUUUUCAAAUAUGUUAUUGCUAUGCUAUGCUAUUUAGAUUUCACUUAGUAAAUGUAACAAUUAUUAUGUUAGAUAAUAAAUUGUGUCAGUAA